AUGGCUUUCGGAGACCCGAAACCCCUUGUAACCGAGCUUGAUCAUAUCGAGGUCAGAAAUGAGAAUCUAGAUGCAUCUAUCGACAACGGUGUCGCGCUUCUGGAUCCAGAUGAAGAGCGCAAAAUCCUGUGGAAAAUUGACAGGCGCCUGGUGACUCUCACCGGCCUAGGAUACUGUGUUUGUCUUCUAGAUAGGGGCAACCUCUCCGCAGCUUCAAUCGCAGGGAUGACCAUCGACCUGGGACUGCAGAAUAAUAAUCGCUACAGCAUCAUCCUCCUAGUGUUUUUUAUCCCAUAUGUUCUUUUCCAGCCACCAAUGACACUUCUCACUCGCAAAGUUGGUGCCAGGAUGUUUCUCUCUACGAUUUCCUUGUUGUGGGCUGGACUUCUAGUGGGAAUGGGAUUUGUGAAGAGAUGGGACGAGCUUGCGGGUUGUCGAGUCAUCCUGGGAGCUCUUGAAGCGGGAUAUUUCCCUGGUUGCGUUUAUUUGCUGACUUGCUGGUACUGUCGGUUCGAAAUCCAGAGGAGAGUGGCUGUAUUUUACGUCUUUGGAUGCUUGUCCUCCGCCGCCGGGGGCAUUCUCGCUUAUGGACUUAUGCAGUUGGGCGGAACCGCCGGCCUUGGGGGAUGGCGUUGGAUCUUGAUCGUGGAGGGUCUGAUCACCGCAGUGAUCGCCAUGCUCAGCUAUAUCUUCCUUGUGGAUUUUCCAGAUUUAGCCUCGAAGUCGUGGAACUUCCUUACGGAGCGAGAGGUUGCGCAUUACCUGGAAUAUGCCAAGGACUUCAAGAUCUGGCUGUUUGCCAUGAUUUUCUUGGUGACCAACGUAGUCAAUUAUUCCAUACUAUACUUCCUGCCAAUUAUUCUCCGGGAUGGCAUGGGUUUCAGUACAGCCGCUGCCCAAUGCCUUGUCACUCCUCCAUAUGCAUUUACCGCCCUCUGGAUGUACGCUACCGCUCAUAUUGCCGAUCGUUACAAGAUGAGAGCACCGAUCAUCGUCUUCAACUGCGCUGCUUGCAUUAUAGGCCUCCCAAUCAUGAGUCUGGCAAAGACUAGUGGAGUCCGAUAUUUUGGCAUCUUUCUCGUCACCGCCGGGUCCAACUCGAAUACACCGGCUGCUGUAGCUUACCAAGCAAACAAUAUCCGUGGUGUGUGGAAGAGAGCUUUUUCCAGUGCUACACUCAUUGCUUUCGGUGGCAUUGGUGGCAUUAUCGCAAGCACCGCUUACCGGGCUCAAGACGCGCCCGGCUACCGUCCCGGAAUUUGGACUUCCUUUUCACUCAAUUGCCUAAACAUUUGCAUCGUUGGAAUUCUGACGGUCUACUUCCGGCACUGCAAUAGAAAGGCCGAUGGCGGCAAAAUGGUCCUUGAAGGUCUGGAGUCGUUCAGGUAUACAAUCUAA